AUGGCCAAAUGGGUCUUCUCGACAGAAAACCAUCUCGUCCUACAAUCCUACGACCAAGGCCUCUGCAAGGCCAUUGUGCAAGGGUGGGUCGACGUCCGACCAAGCCCCAAGUUUCAAGAGUUUAUGUGCAGCCGCAACUUGGUGCGAGUGGGAGAUCCCGUGAUACAAAAGCUGGUGGCGUUCCCGACACGACAGGAGAUUGUCGCUGGCAUUUCGCAUUGGAUUGUAGACGCCGAAACGAGGGGAAUCUUCUUCGAUGAUGCCAUCACAAAGGAUCCAGCCAUGUGCAAUCUGGAAAUCCAGCUUACCAAUCACGAUGAAGAAGAGGAUUCCGAAUUGCAGCAGCUCAAACCCAGCAAUAUGCUUUUGCCACUUGUUUUGUUUAUAUUUACGUGUAUCUUGGCGUUGAUCUUCCACGCACAAAGGAUGGUUCGACUCCGAAGUAGAGCAGCCGUGAAGCCAGAUGCACUAGCAACGACAGAGAGAUUGACCACGUCGGAUGCACCGGAAGAUGUAUUGGACGCAGACACGGAGAUGGAUCCCACAAUUGAGAAUGCGGAAGAAGCCAUGAAGCAGCUUCUGAUUUACCACCAGACGUUGCUUCGACGAGUCAAACACACGAGCCAGGAAGGAAACAAGCCCCCUGCAUGCUCCGACGACGGAAGUAGCCAGGUAGGCUGA